AUGUCACACCACAGCGGUGACCACAUGGACGAUGACCAGCGCCCAACAAUGCCCCGUCCGCUGCUGCUGACCCUGAUAGGCAGCUGGAUGGGAUCGCUGUGCAUGGGCAGCACGCUGGGAUACUCGUCCCCCUCAAAGCACAGCUUGGAGCACACCUUCAAGGAGGGGCUGCACGGGUUUGACAUCAGCACGAACGACUGGUACGACCCUCUGAUGACAAUCGGUGCCCUCCUGGGUGCUGCGGUCAGCGGCAGCGUGUCGCAAGCCCUGGGCCGCAAGAGCAUGCUGACGGUCAUCUCCCUUGGCUUCAUGAGCGGAUGGAUGGUGAUUUACCUGUCGCGCGGACACAUCUUCCACAUCUACUCGGGACGCUUCCUCACCGGUUUCGCCAUGGGCCUAGUUUCGCUCGUGUCCCCUUGUUAUAUCUCCGAGGUCACGCUGCCUCACAACCGCGGAACCAUGGGUGGCAUGCUGCAGAUGGCCAUCACAAUGGGCAUCUUGUACUGCUACCUGUUGGGUCGCUUCCUCACCUGGGAUUAUCUCGCUUUGGCAUGCAUGCUACCAGCAGCACUUCUCUGCAUUGCCUCCAUGUUCUGCGUGGAAUCGCCUCGAUGGCACCUGCUGUCGGGUAGAAAGUACAAAGCAGAGUAA